AAAGAAUAGAGGGACGUAUAAAAGAGAUGCAUCUCCACUACAUCUUCAGUUCGUUCUGCUGUGAAUAAUUUUAAUCUACCGCAAAAAUGAAAAUGAUCAUCUUCGUUCUUUCUGCUUUGUUGGCCAUCGCUGCUGCCGCUCCCCAACAAGCGGAUAAGGAUGCAGUCAUCACAAAAUACGAAAGUGACAAUAUAGGAAUUGAUGGAUACAACUUCAAUUUUGACACGAGCAACGGCAUCUCCCAACAAGAAACCGGACAACUGGCCAACGCAGGAUCCGAUAAUGAAAUCAUGAAAGUUGCAGGAUCUUAUCAAUUCACAUGGAACGGGGUUACAUACACCGUAACUUACACUGCUGAUGAAAAUGGUUUCCAGGCCCAAGGAGACCACAUUCCUAAAUGAUAGAAUUCAGCCACGAUAUGUUUUCGCUUCAGUUUCUGAAGAAACUUUGUUUAUUUAUCUUGUAAAUAUAUUUUUCUAAAAAAAGGAAAUAAACCGAAAAUUUCAA